AUGCAGGUUGUACUUCGCGCUAACAUCUACAUUAGGAUUGCGGAUCCGGUAUACGCGAUGAGCAUUGGCGUGGCAGCGGCAUUCGUACGCAUCCGGCGAGAGGAGAAGGAGAAAGAUCGCACCACGCAGCAGAGCAUUGACGGUCUGAGACGGCGGGUGAACGUGCUGUUCGAGAAGAGUGUGGACAGCAACAGUGUGCAGAAGGCAGGGUGA